CGCAUGCGCCGGGCGGGCGGGCGGCGCUCUGCGUGCCGAAUGUCCGGGCUGCGGGCGCUGCUUGGGCUCGGGCUGCUGGUUGCGGGCUCGCGCCUGCCCCGGCUCGCAGGCCGGCAGACGGUGUGCCGUGCAGGGCCGACCUGGUGGGGAACGCAGCGCCGGGGCUCGGAGACCAUGGCGAGCCCGCCGGUGAAGUACCUGAGCCAGGAGGAGGCGCGGGCCGUGGACGAGGAGCUAUUUAACGAGUACCAGUUCAGCGUGGAUCAACUCAUGGAGCUGGCCGGGCUGAGCUGUGCCACGGCCAUCGCCAAGGCUUAUCCCCCCACGUCCAUGUCCAGGAGCCCCCCUACCGUCUUGGUCAUCUGUGGCCCCGGGAAUAACGGAGGGGACGGCCUGGUCUGCGCGCGACACCUCAAACUUUUUGGUUACCAGCCAACUAUCUAUUACCCCAAAAGACCUAACAAACCACUCUUCACUGGGCUAGUGACUCAAUGUCAGAAAAUGGACAUUCCUUUCCUUAGUGAAAUGCCCCCAGAGCCCAUGAUGGUUGAUGAGCUGUAUGAGCUGGUGGUGGAUGCCAUCUUUGGCUUCAGCUUCAAGGGUGAUGUUCGGGAGCCAUUCCACAGCAUCCUGAGUGUCCUGAGUGGACUUACUGUGCCCAUUGCUAGCAUCGACAUUCCCUCAGGAUGGGAUGUAGAGAAGGGAAACCCGGGAGGAAUCCAACCAGACUUACUCAUCUCACUGACAGCACCCAAGAAGUCUGCAGCCCAGUUUACUGGCCGAUAUCAUUACCUGGGGGGUCGUUUUGUACCACCUGCUCUAGAAAAGAAGUACCAGCUGAAUCUGCCAUCCUACCCUGACACAGAGUGUGUCUACCGUCUACAGUAAGGGAGGUGGGCAGGCAGGUUUCUAAUAAAGACUUGGUACCUUCUCUCUGCAAA